GUGUUUUUAUUAUUUGGCUUUGUUUCACUACGCUCUUAUUUUGAAGGACAAUCCGCCGUACUUCCGUUUCUUCCAACCAUUUAAUCCUUUCCCACAAUGCUCUGUGAGCUCGGAGGCUGCUUCCUGUUUAUUGUGGCCGUUUCCCCCGGUGAUUCCGACGUUUAACGUCGCUCUCCUGCAGCCAAAGGUCGGUGAGUUACCGGAUUCCGGUCCCUUUUACCGGCGGCUCCGCGUCGUUUAUCCCGCUCUCUUAUUUUGACAGCGGAGAAAAUCCUCCUGCUUCCUCAUCAGUGACAGCGAGCCUGACCGAACCGGAACUCCACUCAGAAAACCGUCGAUUUUUCAACCACUCGAGGUGCGACGUAGAGAAAAUGUUUUUCUUCAUCACUUAAAGAUUUUUCUGCAUUUUAGUCGGUGUUUGAUAAAAUUCGGCCUUUGGAUAACUGAACAAUAAGCUAUCUGCAGCUGCUCCUCAGAAGUUCUUCUUCACCUCUUCGCUCCGGGUUCGCUUGUUCAUGAUGGAGGACUCGGAGGCGGAGCUGGCAGUGUCGGAGCCUGACGCCCUGGGUGCUGACUUCAUUACGGUGGAGUUGGACACGCAGCCCAUCGAGUACGUAGUGAAGUGGGCAGAGGUUGGCUCCAAGUUCACCAUUUCCUGCGUGAAGAAGGACUCGGACGACCCGUCGGACCUGACCGCCGACCAGCUGAAGAUCGAGGCGGAUGAGGCGUUUUUCGCCCCGUAUGAGGAGGUGUACCCUUGCGAGGUGACGGAGCAGAGCGUGGAAAUAAAGACGGACUCUGACGAGGAGGACGAGGGUGUGGAGGAGCACGAGGUGCUGGUGGAGGCGGGCAGCAGCCAGUUGGAUGGCGAGGCCGAUUCGGACCAGGACAACUAUGAGCCCGAUGAGCGGCAGUUCCGCUGCAGCUACUGUGGGAAGUGCUACAGCCACGCCUCCAGCCUGUAUCGCCACCAGCAGACGCACACGGGCAAGAGCUCGGGAGCCGCGCCCCUCGCCAAGCGAGCACUGGAGCCGACGCACCAGGACGCACGCUACACCUGCCCCCACUGCGGCAUGAGCUUCAAAGGAAGCAGGAUGCUGGGCAGCCACCUGCGGCUGCACGGGAAGCGGAGGAUCCACCCCUGCAACAUCUGUGGAAAGGAGUUCAACCACAGUUCCAGCCUGUCUCGCCACCGCCUCAUCCACAAGAAGGGCAAAGGCAUCCCAAAGGACGCCGCCAUCGGUGCAAAUGUGGCAGCCCUGCGGCACUCGCUGAAGGCCGGUGCCAAGAACCGGAAGACCAAGCGGCAGCAGCACGUGGCGACUGCCGUCAUCCAGGGUGGAGAUAAGUUCUACGCCUGCCCACAGUGUGACAUGACGUUCCGGACGUCCACGCAGCUGUCGAAGCACCAGGUGACGCACGUGAAGGAGCUGCUGGACAACUACACGCCGGGCAAGGAGAACCUCGUCGAGACCUCGUCCGACCUUAAGAUCCGCCUCAAGCUCUGCUCCCGCGACAAACCCAACUUCUACACGCUGUGCAAGAAGAACCGCCGCCGCCGGGCCGGACGGGCCGCCAAGCGGGGCCAGACCUCUUCCGAGGAUGAGGACGCCCCAGGCGGAGGGCGCCAUGUCUGCGGCCAGUGCGGGAAGCAGUUCAGCCACGCCUCCAGCCUGGCACGACACCAACUGACCCACCGGGCGGCUGACGGCGACGGGCGCGGGAAGCUUCAGCAGCACCCGAAGACCGGGCUCCCCGCCAAGAACAAGACGUACACGUGCGCGGCGUGCAACAAGACCUUCAUGCACUCAUCCAGCUUCUCGCGCCACAAGAAGGCCCACAUGGAGGAAGAGCAGCGUGCCCGCGCUGCCGCUGCCAAGCGCCGGAAGAGGCCCGUACUGGAUGAGACGGCGCCGCUCGAGUCCGACUCAGAGUGAAGGUGUCGGUACGGGACCAGUUCUGGAAGGUUCUGAUUGGAAGCGUUCUGGACCAGUUCUCCUCCAGUUCUGGACCCGUUGGGACAGAUUCUGGUUGUCUGGGUUUCACGAACUGUUGGUUCCUCUCUGGUGUAGAUAGCAGCAGGAUCUCCACUUGUGGCCGCACGGUGGGAGGCCCUCCGCCGGCACACAUAUCCAUAUAUGGUCAAAACUGACCGUUAGCUAAACGCUCUUACAAAUGGAUUAGAUUCACCUGCCCCGCCCCUGCCCCGCCCCCUGCACCUGUCUGUCCCCCAUAGGCCACCUGGAGCAGCAUGGGAGUCCUGACAUAAUCAUACCUGCAGGUUCAGUUUCCAAACUAUUGGUGAUCAAUCAUUCCGAUCAAUCGGAGCCGAUCGGUUGUUUUGAUCGUCCAUCAGACUGUAUUCACCACCUCUGAUCUCCACACACGGCCAACAGACAGAUUAUUGAUCAGUGAAGGUGGUCUUAAGGUGAUCUUAAGCCGAUUGAAUAAUCAAUGAUUAUUUUUCUCUUCCGAUCAUAAUAUUGGAGCUUGGAUUAAUCGGUGAUCAACUCCUCGCUCACUUCCUGCGUCUCCUCUGAUGCGUUUCCUGUUCAUCUCCAUCGUUGCUCCCUUACAGCCCCACCCAAUCCCCUUUGACUAACCUGAUUGGCUGAGGUUCUUCCUAGCGCUGCAUUCUGAUUGGUCUGCUGCGUUUCACCUUCCACACUUUUUUUUUUUCAUUUUAGCAUGUGACCCCCAACUGGUCAGUCAUGUUUGCUGGUGUCGGAGGUCGAAGGUCAAACUGUUCUACUUAUUUGUGAAUUUGAUGUAAUAUAGAACCCAUAUUUAAACUUUACCACAAACAAUUUGAAGUAGCCCCGCCCAUCGCUAUCCUGUAGCUUCAUCUUCGUCAUCAACAGCAGGAAAUGGUUUUCAAAGUAAAAGUCUCCAAAUCAGUUUGGUUUGUUCCUAACUUCCACCCAGUCAGCUGUUUUCAGGAAGUCAGUGACACAUAAACGCAGAUGGUGAUGCUUCAAGUGUAAUCAGACCUGCGCACUCGGACGGACCUGUCCCGACCCGAACUCACAGAUUGAGAGCAGCUGAUUGGAAGCAGAGACACGAUUCUUAGUCUUGCACAGACGUCAAAGAUCAGAUCUCAGGUUUCAGCUCUGCCCAGAGCGCCUGAAGAUCGGAACCACGUCUGAACACGAAGCGUUUUGGCCGCCAGAGCGUGCUCGGAGCAGGUCACCUGAACUCUGAGGCUGAUGGUCAGGUGACCUCUGCUGAUCUCAGGUGUGCAGAGGCAAAAUUCAGAUAUGGAAGAAUAAUGAAGGAAUGUGAAGGUUGGGAGUUUUUGUUGGUCGGCGCUCGAACUGAUCGAUCCGAUCUUUGAUCUGCUCAGAGUAUCUGAAACAACCAUCUGCUUUAGUGUCACUGACGGCCUGAAGCUGCUGGUCAAAUCUGGUUCGCUCAGCCGGAGGAGUCCCUGUGACCAAUCGGAGGAGACGUCCGGUUGGGCUGGUUUGUAUUUCUGAUUUUGGACUUGACGUCUUACCGAUGUGGUUCAUUGAUCAGAUCAGUCCGAUCUGAGGUGGACUGAUCAGAGCAUCCGGUCUGAUCGGAAGUAGACGGAUUGGUCUGAUUAGGAAAAAGAGUUUGAGUGUAAAACAAAUUCCCAAACUUAUUGAUUAAUCUGAGACUCGUGAUCAGUGGGACUGAUCGGACUGAUCGAUCUAAGAUGUUUAAAAAAAAAAAAUCCUGCAGAUGUUUUUUAUUCAUCAGGAUUCUGAUGGACUCUCCAAAAUAAAAGCCUGUGGAGUGUGCCUGACCCCCCCCCCUCCCCCACACACACACACACACACACACACAUUCUGUUUCCUGCUUAUUGACACUUUGAGACUUUUACUGUUUGAAUCGAUUGGAUUUAAUUUAAUUCUGAUCUAUUUAUGAGUGUGUGCAGGCGGCGGUGGCGUCCUGUAGAAAACAAGGCUCCUCCCCCACCCCGUCCGCCUCCAUGUUCUGGUUUGUUUUGGGCCUUGAAGCCGCCGUUUUCCUCUGUCCGCGGUGCUCUUAGAUCCAUGUUGUGUUGGUUUGUUGGGUUUGCAGCGCCGCCUGCUGAUAGGUCGUUCAUUGUGUCGUGUUUGCUGAUAGAAUAAACCAGUUGACAUGUUUGUCUUGCGUUUUGUAAUAAACCUUUGAAAGAAC